AUGUGUGGAACGCGCAACACGAAAAUUAGGGUCGCGGAACGGCCCGGCAGCAAAGUAAAUGAAAAUUUGUUGCGGAUCUACACCUUUCUGAUAUGCUCGAUCCUAGCCGACGAAAUCUACGAGAACUCCAAGGACAUCUGCGAAAGAUGUAAAUGUCGCGACGAAGACGAGUUUCUCCUCGACUGCACCGACCAAGGUUUCAAAUACAUCCUAGCCAACUGGCCCGCGCACAACAAGACUCUGGUGGCUACUUUCAGCUACAACAACAUAACCACCCUGGAGAUUCUGCCGCCUACCAAUCAAACUGUCCGGCUGGUUUUCGACCAUUGCAACAUAAAGUAUCUAGAUCCCGGCGCCUUUAAAGAGGUUAAAAAUGUGGAGUUCAUAGAUCUGAGCUACAAUUUGCUGACGACUGAGGAAAUUGAUGGGGAAGACUUCAAGGGACCUUACAACAAGAGCGUCUACUGCCCUAUAGCAGUGAAACAUCUUAACUUGGCGUACAACCAGAUCCACAGUUUGCCGCGGAAGUUCUUCGAGAGCAUGCCGUACCUAGAGGAACUGAAUCUGGCAGGAAACGACUUUGUGACUCUGGAUCCGAACACACAGAUGGCGCUGGCGACGCUCCCGAACUUAAGGGUAAGCUUACGAUGGAAUAGUUUUCAUAGCGUGUUUAGGCAAAAUCAAGGCGGCAAGGGAUAUGAACCUCGGGUAGACCUCAUCACAUAUUUAAAGUCCAUCGGAGACUUCCCCGGGCUUAGGCAACCGUGCGCGCACGUGGUGGGGAUAGAAGCCCCUAGGGCACCGGCUACCAACUUACACAAAACCCGGUGGUUUACUGCAAAAUGCAUUAAAGUGCAUCGCGAGCCAGCGAGAGUGGGAGUAUACGGCCUCGUGGUGUGA